UCAGAAGAGAUCAUUAUAUGUGCAUUUAACGAACUGCCUUUAUUUUUCUACCCCACCAUAAGAAAGACAAGCAUUUAUUUUUCAUCACAUUCAUUUUUAUUUUUAACUCAUCUUUUUUUGAUGCACCUGAGGAUGGGAGACGGAUGGAUUUUCUGAAGUUUUGCACAUGCUGUCACAGGAUGCGAAUGGGCAAAUAGCGUUGGAGAAACAUUGUAGCAGUUAUUAUAACAAAUCGAAAUUAAAUUGUUACAUUAUAACGGAGUAAGUGGUCAUAAUUUCGCGCCAAUUUGAACUCCAACAUAAAGAACAAUUAAAAGCAUCAAAGGCGACUAGAAGAUUCCUUGUACUGAAGAACACAGUCAGACCCUUUGGAGAUUUGUUUUAUUCAUGCAGUUUUGUUUUGCGUUAACUUGCGCACGAAGCAUCGAUCAAAUUUAUUGCAUUAAUGUAGUUGAUCUGUUCCCGGACGGAAUCGAGAUCGUGUGUGGAUUUAAAGAACAUUGAUAUGGACGAGCAAAGGCGUAUGAUGCAGACGAUGGGCGGUGUGACCCUCACCGGACACCCGGUGACAUUACCGGUCCUUCACGCUCAUGACGGUACGGAUGGAGACGGCAGAGGAAAACAGGACAUUGGAGACAUUCUGCAUCAAAUCAUGACCAUCACCGACCAGAGCCUAGACGAGGCUCAAGCAAAAAAGCAUGGGCUGAACUGUCACAGAAUGAAGCCGGCUCUGUUCAACGUGCUCUGUGAAAUCAAAGAGAAAACAGGUCUCAGUAUCCGCGGCGGCCAGGACGACGACCUCUCCGACCCACAGCUCAUGCGUCUGGAUAACAUGCUGCUGGCGGAGGGCGUGUCCGGACCGGAGAAAGGGGGCGGGGCAGCAGCUGUCGCUGCAGCGACAGCGGCAGUGGGGAUCGGAGGUGAUAACUCCAUCGAGCACUCAGACUACAGAGCCAAACUCAGUCAGAUCAGACAGAUCUACCACACUGAGCUGGAGAAAUAUGAGCAGGCCUGCAACGAGUUCACCACCCACGUGAUGAAUUUGUUGAGGGAGCAGUCUCGCACACGGCCCAUCUCGCCCAAAGAGAUCGAGCGCAUGGUGAACAUCAUUCAUCACAAGUUCAGCACCAUCCAAAUGCAACUGAAGCAGAGCACCUGCGAGGCCGUCAUGAUACUCAGAUCCCGCUUCCUUGACGCCAGGAGGAAACGUCGUAACUUCAGCAAGCAGGCAACAGAGGUUCUGAACGAGUAUUUUUACUCUCACCUCAGUAACCCGUACCCCAGCGAGGAAGCCAAAGAAGAGCUGGCCAAGAAGUGUGCAAUCACAGUCUCACAGGGGAAGGCAAGCACCAUCACUGUGUCACAGGUGUCUAACUGGUUUGGUAACAAACGAAUUCGCUAUAAGAAGAAUAUCAGUAAAUUCCAGGAGGAGGCGAAUCUCUAUGCAGCUAAAACCGCAGUGACGGCCGCACACGCUGUAGCUGCAGCUGUACAGAACAGUCAGGCCAACUCGCCCACGACGCCCAGUUCGGGAUUUCAAAUGAAAGAUGAAGACUUUCAACUGGAUGCAACAGAAGACAAAAACAAUCUGUUAAGCAGCAUGUUCACCGGUUCCUCAGGUGCAUACAGUUUGACAGGUUCGGGAGACAUGUUCAUGAAUCUGCCCGGUCUGAACGGGAGCUCGUACCAGUCUACACAGGUGCCCAGUACAGGACACACACAGGGAGAAUCCACACAUCACAGUAUCAGUCAGUCGUUGGGUUACAGCGAUGGUCUUCGGGGAAACCCGCUUUACAGCCCUCACGCUUUAAACGGUAACGGAGUCUGGCAUGAUGCUGUGACUCCAUCUUCUGUAACAUCUCCUAAAGAGGGAGCGAACAGUGUUCAUUCAGAUACAUCUAACUGAAGUCACUUGCCCUACAUCAACAGCACCCUAUUAAAUCUUUAAACAGACAAGUGAGCUUUUGCCAUACAGACUGAAAACCCCUGCCAUGGAUAACAGUCAGAAACAAGAGCUUUGAAAGUUCUUUAGUACUGGACGUUUGACAAGAAGAGCAGCAUACUAGAACAGCCGUCACAAAACCGAUGGACACGGACAUGUCUAACACGUACGCUUGUGGAAACAAGACGUUUCGUGUUUAUCUCUAACAGAUCAACAGGGAAAACAGAUUUUUUUAUAUUUGUAAUAAUUUAACUUGAAUAUUGAUGCUAUUCAUAAUAAAUGUCAUCUUUGUAAAUACACACUCAUGACAUUCAGUUAUAUUAAGAAUCUGUGAACAAAACAAAUCCUUCAUGAUUUAAUGAUUUAAAGGUCUGACAGUACAUAGAUGUAAAUUACAGAUAUCUUACAUCAAUCAAUACAGCAACAUCUGGCUUGCAGAAUUGAAAAUAUACAGAAAUAACUCACCAGUUGUUGCCGCGUUUUCAAAUAAUUCUAUAAUAGCCGCAGUGAUUUGUUGGAUUCAGCACUUUUUUGAAUUGCAAAUGGAAAUUUACAUUGGAAGAAGCGGAGACCACUACAAAAACAACUGCUAACAUUGAAAGAACUUAUAGACCAAUAUGUAAAAAUUUUAAUAGUUGCUGAAACACGUUUUCCUCUGAAUGGUUUAUUCCAUCAUUUUAUUAAAUCACCUUUACUGAGCAUUACAGAAGAGAGAAUGUUAGGGUCAAUUAUUGUUUAAUUAUUUCAUACAAGCUACUCAACAUAAUCACAAGGGGCCUCGUUUAUAAAGCGUGCGAACCCACGGAUUUGAUCAUAGAAUGUGCAUACGCAAAAAUCCACAGGACCAUAUAUAUAAAACGGUCUUCGAUGUGGGAAAGUGCUUUGCGCAACUACAGGGUCUAAGCAGACUUACGCACCUUUCCUUGUCCGAGUGCUGCAGGUUUUUGGAAAUAUAGGCUAUUCUUGCAGCUCGUAAAAGAUUUGGAUGGUGAAAGGUGCUCUUUCAUGUACCAAUGACAUUCAUUGGACAUUGCUUAUAAGGCGGAUAUCUGAAACUGUUCGGCAGUGCGGCAUUUCAAGAUCAUUUGUGAUUUAAAGAUUUCACAUCCGAAGAAGAGGCGUACACACGUUUUCUAUGUGUAUAUGUUCAUUACGCGUGUGCACUUUGAAAAUGAUCGUAAAAUCAAGUUUAGGGCGGUUUCUAGGCAACAUUUUAUAAACUAGGCCCAUGAUCACCAAACACACAUACUGUAUCUCUAAAACAAAUUAAAACGGAAUGUUGUUCUUUUCAAAAUCUUUGUCAUUUACAAUUAAGUUGUAUUACUUCUUAAUUUAUUCUUAAUUCUAUUUUUAAUCCUUAAUUUAUUCAUCAGUUGUUUUGGGUUGCAAUGUGCCAUUAUUAAAGGUUGU